AUGCAAGAUGGUACAAAAAAGAAAUACAUUUUUCUUAUCACUAGAUGUAUAGCUGGAUUACUUACUUCAUGUGCGUGGCUUUUGAUUCAAUGCAUUUACUUGAGAUUUAUUGCUCCAACUUCUGGAAAUUUUCCGUAUUAUGUGUUGGCGUUGGCUUUGUAUAUUGGAAGUACUUAUGUGCUACUGGGUUCUUAUGUUGGAAUGGCUGCGAUACUGUACCUGGGAGUAUUGAACCCUAUUGCUUUCAAUCAAUAUCUCAAAUUACGAACAGUUUAUAUUGCAGUUUGUGUGAUUUUUCUGACCGCAAUCGUUCUAUCAAUCCCUCUUGCCACUCUCCAGGCAGCAAUUGCUAUUCCAACAGCUUCUGUUAAAUGCACUGACAAAUCAUUGAUCCUUGUAAGCGGAUCUCUUCUCAUCACUAUUAUCUCCUCGUCUUUUGUUCUGAUCUCAUUGAAACGUCAUCGGAAACAAUUCAAAAAAUUGGAUACCGUAUCCAAUACAUCCCUGAAUUCAGCACUACGUCUACUAUCCUGGACACUAUUCGCCGAGAUUUUAAUUUCAGUUGCAGAGAUUAUCCCUUUUGUAUUCAUGGAAUACAAAAAACAUCAAAGAUCAACAAGUGGAUGCUAUUGGUUCAAUCAUGCCAGUAGAGUGGUCAGUGAGGCUUCAUUUGCCCUAAUUGAAUCCUCCAUUUGGAGUAUUGCCUUAAUUAUUGACCCACUCACAAACGUUAUUCUGGAUACCACGGUUUCUAAGAAAGCGACAAGUCAGAUUAAAUGGGCUCAAAAAAGUUUCGUUGGAUUGGCGAGAAAUAUGACGGGGAAGUUUUCGAGGAGAAGAAUAACAAAUGGGAAGGAAACGCAAGUCUGUCAAGAAGAGCAAAUUAUUCAACUUGAUACAAUAUCUUCUAUAACAUAA